AUGCAAUCACACAAAUUCUAAAAUAAAUAAUUAACAUUGUUAGACUUAGUUUUAAAGAAUGAGGAUGAUCGAUACAGAAUUAAAUCAUCGACAAAUUCCAGUAGAUAUGAUCGAGAAGAUACCCAUCAUUCAUAAUAUAAUUAAUUAGGUAUCUCCUUAUAUUAUGAUGCCAAUAUUACCGGUAAUGAAUAAUUUGUUAGCAAUCAAUUGUUUCGUUCAAUUCUCAAAAACAUUGAAGAAAAGCUUUUAGAACUUGAAACUAGAAUUGAUAACAAAGACCACCUCACUAAAUUCACAUUCCAAAUUGAUCAACUCAAACAUCAAUAAAAUCGCAAUCCAUUCCUUAAAGAUGACUACACAUGGCAAGAAUACAAACGGCAAGACAGCCAAAUUUCAGAAAUGAUAGAUGAUCAAUCUGUAAGAGACACUGGAGUCAAAUUUCAAAAGGCGAGUCGAUCAAGAUCAACUUGCACCAAUAAUUGUGAUGAGUAACUAGAUUAAUCUAAUAAUAACACUUCAAAUCUAAAAUCAAGAAAGAACAAAAUCACCGAAGAAUCUACUUUCUCCAAGUUGAACCUUUUCGAAAAGAAACUCUCGUAAUUUUAAGAUUAAUUCUAAAAAUAAUUAUAGAAAGAAGAAAUCUCAUUUAAAAAAUUAGAAUAACAAGUGUAAGCUGCUUUAAAAGAUGCUGAAAUGAGAUUGCUUCAAAAUACUAAAUCGAUGGAUAAGUACACAGAAAGUUUAAAUAAUUAUAGCGAUUAUCACAAGGAAUUCUUAACUAAAUUAUCAUAACUUACAGCUUAGAUAAACAAUCAUUAAUAGGAAAUCAAUCGAUUGUCGGAUGAUUAAAAAAUACCUUUCAUUUAGUUAGAAUCAACUAUUGCAGCGAUGAAUAGACUUCAAAACAUCCACAAUGACUAGAUACUUUCAAUUAAAGAAUCAUACACAUACUUAGAAGCAGAUAUACUGGCAAUAAUGAAAAAUUACAAAGAUCUGAUACUUGAUAAAUAAAAUAAAAGUAACAGAUGA